AGACCCUCAGGGAUGUUGUAAUCAUUCUGGAAGAACAUAGCACUUAUGAAAACAGUUGAGAAAAACUGAGCCAGCGAGCACUGCAGUGGGUGUUGAAGUUUGCAGGCUGCUUUGAAGUGAGCAACACCCAGUCUCAGUCCACUGUCAGGCUGACAGUUCAGCCUCUUCCUCUGAUCAGACUGAUCAAAACGUAGCGUGAGGUAACUCGAAGCAGCCAAGAAGAAGAAAAAGUUGGCUUCAACUGACUUAAAGGGGGAAAGAAAUGGACACACACAAAAGGACAGGUGCGUUGGUACUGUUCGUCCUUCUGGUGCCUGUCUCCUGUCAAGAGGUUUUUUUUACUGAUCCGGUCAUCUGCUACUUCCUGGAUGCGUUUCUGAUGGUUUACUGCGUCGUUGCCACGGCAUUAUUCUUCAGAGAAAAGUUUUCAAACAUGCCACCUGUUGUAGAGUCUGAUGAAAAGGGGGGUAUUUACCAGGAGCUUGAGAGGCCAAUGGAUGCUGAUCCUUACCAAGUGCUUGAACCAUCAAAAGGAAGGAAAAAGGCUGGCAGGAAAAAGAAAGCUAAGAACCACACCGAGCAGAGGGAUCAGGAUCCAUAUGAACUACUGAAUGUCCCAGGCCGUCCACCAGCUGCAUCUGCUCGUUGAGGCGGCAUUGCUGAAAACAACUAUUAUCUGACUGAGUGACCACUGCAGCAAGCUGGUCUUGUAUUAAAGAAAUAUUAUUUGGCUUUGUAUAUCAAAUGUGAGGAUUUGCUGCUUUCUCACUUUUAUGUAACUAUAUAUAUUUUUUGUAUUGGUUUUCAGAUGCCGGUCAAAUUAAGAUGUCUUGUUUAUUAUAGGAGCAGUUUUUUCUUCACUUUAUAGACAAGUUGAAAGUUGCAGCUACACAUUUUUUAUUUAAAUCUGUGAUAGCUAUCAGCAUGUUCUUUUAAGUAACAUUUGUAUUUUCACCUUGCUAUUUAAAUUUUUUUUUUUUUUUUUUUUUUUAAAAAAGCCAUUUUAA